CGAACUUCCGGGGUACGUUUUUUUUGGGUUCGAGGCUCGGCCGCAGUAUAUUUUUUUGUUCUAACCAAGGAAGUUUUAAAUGUACAAAAUUACGUGUCUAGGGCGCUGUGUCGCAUCGUAAAAAGUCCAAAGACGUUAUCAGCAGAAGUGACGGUUCCAUUAUUGAGAAGCAUAAGAGUUCAAUUUUGGACGCCAACUCGUGGCAAUACAAGACAACGCGCUUUUAAAGCGCACCACCAGCCCCCGCCUUCUCCUCCUCGCUGUCAGGCGUUAGCUUCACUGGCUAGCAAGGCUCGCCCCUAGCUUAAGGAUCAAAACAAACAAAUGACAGCGGAGCUCAGCUAGCGAGUACAAGACAAGGUGCAGAUAAUAACUUAAAAGUAUUGUUGGAUAUCACUAGGAAAACUGACGGCUGAACCGAUGUUGCGAAAUCGCUAAGUCUUCCGUCGAAGAAUGGCGGACCACCGAGCAGCUGCGAUAACAUUGACUUCGCCGCACAAUCGUCGUGUCUUGCUCGCCUUUUCUCGCCCGCUGGAAGCCUCCGUUGCCAUUGAGAGGAUUUAUGGGCUCACAAGUUUCAUCUGAAGAGAUGAGCGUGCGUGCCGGCCAGGGAAGUGAUGAGGUGCUGGUGUCACAGGCUGUGUGGGACUACCUGGCCGCCGCUGGCAGGCCCUGGCUUCUCGACUUCCAGCACAAGCAGGGCAUGACCGCUGGCAUCGUCCGGCGAGGUGAGAGGGGGGGCUGCUGUGCGGUGAGGCUGCAGCCAGUGUCCGGUGCCAGGCGCGCUGGUGUGGCGGACGCUCCCGUUUCCAGCGAGACUCGCAAAGCCUUCAUUGAUCUGUGCCGCUCUGCCCGCAAGGAGAUGAGCAAGCAGGAGGGCGUCCCCAAGAGGAAGAGGGCCCUGCUGCCCUGUGUGGGGGUCCUGGAGCCAAACGGGGAGGGGAACCUGCUUCAACUGCCAACCCAGCCCCAGUCCCGUCGCUCUCAGAGACAGCAGCAGCAGAAGUUCCGCAAGGCUGCAGAAGAAGAGGCCUUCUCCGUGCUCCACGAGGCAGCCCAACGUAAAGACUGUGGAGCAUCGUCCCACGGCGAGGCGGAUGACAAUACAUCUUGCUCCAUCUGCAUGGGGGACAUUGUAGACAAGACUACCCUGGAGAAGUGUGGCCACUCCUUCUGCCACUGCUGCCUGGAUCAAGCUUUCAAGGUGAAGAGGGCAUGUCCUGUGUGUCGUCUCGUUUACGGCCAGCUGAUCGGUAACCAGCCUGCCAAUGGCACCAUGAUUGUCGAGCGGGAUCCCGCCCUGCAGCUCCCAGGUCAUGAAGGCUACGGGUGUAUCUGCAUCAUUUACAGCUUCCCUCCUGGCUUACAGGCGCCAGAGCAUCCAAACCCGGGUGUGCGAUACCCAGGAACAGACCGUUCGGCCUACCUCCCUGACAGCCCCGAUGGGAACCGUGUGCUAGGCCUGCUGCGCCGGGCCUUUGAACAGCGCCUUACCUUCACGAUUGGUACCUCCAUGACGACGGGCUUGCAAAAUGUCAUCACAUGGAAUGACAUUCACCACAAGACCUCAAUAUGGGGCGGGCCCCGCUGGGACCAACCAAUUUUUUGGACACAGGAUUGUAGUUUUGCAAAAGCUACUGUAUAAAUAUUUCUAUGCAUCAUAUGUGACUGAGAAGAAAAUGGGAAGGAAGCUUACACAUGGUACAGAAGGAUGCAAUUCAGCUUUUCUGUUAAUUGGUUCUUUGUUGAUAAUCACAAUAAUGUGCUUUAAAUUUUAAAACUUGAAUAAAACUUUGUUUGGCACUGUGUUGGGUUUUUAUUGUCUGCCCCACCCCAACAAUAUCAAUUCGUAAUGUCGUCACUUACAGAUUUUUAUCAAUAUCCUCUACAUAUGAGCAUAAAUAUUGUUAUACAUGCAUAUUAGCAUACAUAUUAGCAAUAUCUUCCACAUAUGAAUCACCUUUAGAGUUCAUGUAUGUCAUUUUACUUUUUAACAUUAACUACAAUAACGUUUCUGUUAAUUUUUGACAUUAGCUAGAAUCAAGCGAAAAAAAUAAAAACAGCAUAAUGAGGCUGUUAGAGUGGUGUUUUGCAAGAACCACUCGGGAGACCGUAUGCCCUUUUUAAGCACUUGCAAGUGGAGAGUCAUUCGUCGCUGUGCAUACAGCAAUGAUCGAAUGAGGUCUGACUCAGGCCUCUUGCAAGAGCAUUUUUAUUGAGAGAAACAGGGUGGGGGUGAGAGUGGACAGGAUGGAGUUGAAGCCCCUGCCGACGUUGUGUAAACAGAACAACUUUGAUUGCUUCCUCUGCAGCUGGUCAAUCAGUUCAAAAGAUCUCAGCACUUUGUUCUACUACUUUGUUAAGACAGGACACGUUUGGUUAAUUAUUACAGGUUACAUUCAAACAUAAGCAUAGGAUCAAACGAAUCUAUCAACCCUAACAGAGGUCUUAUCUGAGAACCCUAACAGAGGUCUUAUUUGAGGUUGCGUUGCUGCUGCUGGAGGAACCGAAACAAGAAGGCCCAAACUUACCUCAGCUAGAGCUUUGACUUUUGGAUUAACUCCUUUUUCACCACAGCGGACCACAUCCUUGCAGACGCUGCCCCAAUCCACCUGUAAAUCUCCCACUCUAUACUCAGUUCUGAAUAAGAUCCCAAGAUAACUCCAUUACUAUGGAUUCCAGACAUGGAGAAGGUAUUCUGCCUUUAUAUGACUGAGGCCUUAUUUUUGAAGGUAUUCAUUAACCUUCACUCAUGGCUGUGAACCGCUCCAGCAAGCGUUGGAAAUUGUGGCCUCAUCAAAAUCAGAAUUGGCUUUAUUGACCAAGUUUGUGCAUGCCAAACAAGGAAUUUGACUCCGGUUGAUCUCAGCCUCUGGACAACAUUUAAGUGACUAACAAUAUUCAGGUGACUAACAACAUUUAAGUGGCAAGAGCAGGAUGUUAUUGCCCAGUGAUGUCUCUGAGACUCUGAGUGGUGUGAGUUCAGCCUGGGGGAAGAAGCUGUGUCUGUGUCUGCUGGUUUUGGCGUACAGCGCUCUGUAACACCGUCUGGAGGGGAGUAGUUCGAAGUUCGAAUUUCGAACAGACUGUGACCUGGGUGAGAAGGGUCUGUAGAGAUGUUACUUGCACGUUUCCUGGUCCUGGACAGGUACAAGUCCUGAAUAGAUGGGAGGUUGGUCCCGAUUAUCUAUUCUACAGUCCUGAUUGUCCCAAACCAAACAGUGAUGGAGGUGCAGAGGGUAGACUGGAUGAUGACAGUGUAGAAGGUCUUCAGCAGCUCCUGUGGCAGGUUGAACUUACUGAGCUGUCUCAGAAAGUACAACCUCUGCUUGGCCUUCUUCCGGACGGUCCAUUUCAGGUCUCGAGAGAUUGUGGAUCCCAGGAACUUGAAGGUGUCUGUGGUGAGAAUAGCAUUACUAAGGAUGUGAGGGGUGAAAGUAGCGAAGGGUCUCUCCUGAAGUCCACAGUCAACUUAACCAGGGCUGUGGACUCGGUUCGGACUCGGGGACUCAGUCGGACUCUGUCAUUUUUGCCGGACUCUGUGCUGAUUUUGACCGAGUCCACCGAGUCCGACAAUAAAAAAAAGAGGCAAGACGCAGCCAGAGAGUGCCAGGUUACAGUCAGCGCGGUAGGAGUUGGAAGAAGCAGUAACUCCACCAAACUCGUCGUAAUGACCCGUGAUAUAUGUUAUAUCCUUACUAUUUUCCAGGUUCUUAGAUAGCAAGAAUAGGUCGGACAACGACGUGAAUGAUAACUGCUUUAUUCCUUACUCACAGUGCGUUCACAGGGCGUAGCACAACAACACAGAAUGCCCAUCCCACUUCCGGGGUUUUUCUACUACGGAAUUUGAGUUAGCCCAAAAUACACAACAUCUCUUCCCCUCUUACAAUGAACGUGCUAUAUGCAUGAACAACAUAGUCUUAUGCACCUAUAACUUGACAUCUUCAAGAUCUAUCAAUAACUACCAUUAAACAAUUAUCAUAUAUGGUCCAGACAAUUAUGACAAUAAUAUUCCCAUGAAACCUUAACUUUGGGUGAGUGUGGACUACCUUGAAUUAUACCGAAUUAUAGUGAAAAACCGAUGUCCUACGGCGUCAGCACUAUGUUGUUUUCAAUAAAAACAUGAAGAACUCACGUUUGCGUUAGUCAAUUUUAAUUUUUAUAAAGGAUUAUUCUCAUUUGAUGUCUUUAAAUUCAUCCGUGUUCUGCCAUUGAAGCGAGUGCAUUCAAAGACCAGUCGUACAAACGGAAACGUUUUGUGAUCAAAUCUUUCAUAACGAGAAUGAUUUGAGUGAAUUUAUUUGAAUGAAUAAUUGAGAAGAAAUUUCAGUUCUGAAGGCUCCUUUUGUCCCAGGCAAAGUGACAGAUGGUGGGGAGGGGUGAUAAAAAUUGUAAAAUCAAUUCACUCAAAUCAUUCUCGUUAUGAAAGAUUUGAUCACAAAACGUGUGUGGCUUUUUCUUAAAUGAACACGUUUGACAUUGCCAUCGUGUCAGCUUUUAAUUAUAUUGCGCUGUCAUGUUAAAGCAAAUUAAUAAAUGCAACAAUAUUCAUUUGCUUUGAAAAUACCUGAGUAAUAAAAUAAAAUGGAUGAAUGAUGAUCACAAUUAAGUAUAAAGUCUCCUUUGUAAUAUAUACUCUUUGUAGCCUGUACCCAAAAAGAGGAGUUUCUUUGCAUCGAGGUUUAUGCAAAGAGCUCACGUAGAUAUAUUGUUGCGUUUUGGUGAAGUGAAUGAGUGUUCCGUCUGUACGACUGGUCUUUGAAUGCACCCCGCUUCAAUGGCAGAACGCGGAUGAAUUUAAAGACAUCAAAUGAGAAUAAUCCUUUAUAAAUAUUAAAAUUGACUGACGCAAACGUGAGUUCUUCAUGUUUUUAUUGAAAACAACAUAGUGCUGACGCCGUACGACAUGGGUUUUUCGCUUUCCAAAUAAGGGGUCGUCACUAAUUAUUUGUUUAGAGAAAUGUCUGAGCUAUAAUGGUGUAAUUAAUGAUUAAAACUUGAAAGUAUCUGUUUAUUGUAUUCGUUUAUAUGUUUAAUAAAGACAAAGCCAUCACAAAACUGUUGUAAUUAUUUAGAUUUUGAUCUAAAUUAGCCUUGAAUAAAGACUAAGCAGUCACAUGAAUUAACAGAAGAAAUGGACAGCCGGACUCGGACUCAUGGUCAAGAGGCCGGACUCGGACUCGGUGCAAAAAUCCCACAGAGUCCACAGCCCUGAUCUUAACGGUCUUGAGCGGGUUCAGCUCCGGGUGGUUUUGGCUGCACCAGUGGACCAGCCACUCCACCUGUCUGUACGCAUCCUUGUCACCGUCCCGGAUCAGUCCGAUGAGAGUGGUGUCGAGCUUCACAGAAGGGUCUCCUGAGGAGCAAUCGGUGUCUAGAGAGAGAAGAGCAGUGGGGAGUGUACACACCCCUGGGGGACGCCAGUGCUGGUGGUCCGGGUGUCGGAUGUGAUGGUCCCCAGCCUCACCUGCUGUCUCCUGUUGGUCAGGAAGCUGGUGAUCCAUUGACAGGUGGAGGCAGGCACCGCGAGCUGGAUGAGCUUCUGGUGGAGGAUAUCGGGAGCUAAGUUAACUUAACUUAACUAUUGUGUUGAACGCCGAGUUGAAGUCCACAAACAGGAUCCUGCCGUACUUUCCUGGGGUGUCUAAGUGGCGCAGGAUGUAGUGCAGUCCCAUGUUGACUGCAUCAGCCACCGACCUAUUUGCCCGGUAGGCAAACUGCAAGGGGUCGAGCAGGGGGCCCGUGAUGCCCUUCGGGUGGCUCAACAUUAGCCUCUCAAAGGAUUUCAUGACAACAGAUGUCAGGGAGACAGGUCUAUAAUCAUCCAAAACUGUGAUGGCGGGCGUCUUGGCCACUUGUACGUGGAGCUUUUGAAGCACGAGGGCACCUCACACAGCUCCAGGGAACGGUUGAAGAUCCGUGCAAAGGUGGGUGCCAGCUGUUCAGCACAGACUUUCAGUAAACCACGGUUUGUUGUUGUUGUACGUGCAGAAGGUCUUAGUCUACACACACACACACACACACACACACACACACACACACACACACACACACACACACACACACACACACACACACAAGUCCUCACAAAAGCUGAUGUAUGAUGUCACGGUGUCGGUGAGUUGAACUCUGAGAGAAAAUAACACCAGCUAUAAUACAACACUGACACUCCUUUAAAAACUACAUGCAAUAACUAUUUACUAUUUAUUAUUUACUUUCUGUACAAACCUCAUUCAUGUUAAUACAUAUACCCACAUUGAACACACUGUAAAUAAGAAUUUUUUAACCUUCAUUCUUAGACUAAUAGCUAUAGUGUAAAUAAGAUCUUUCACUUUUAUUCUCGGACUUCCUUUUAUACUUUUUUAAAUUUUGUAUGUUUGCACUAGGAAGGGAGCAGCUAUCCGAAUUUCGUUGUACAACUUAAGUUGUAAAAUGACAAUAAAGGGCAUUCUAUUCUAUUCUAUUCAUGCAGGUCUGAAGUUGCAGCUUCAGACCCCCCCAAUCGGUGCAGUCAAAGCAGGCUUGGAGGUCCGGCUUUGACUCCACGUUCCAUUUAUGCGUCCUUUAUUAUGGAGUAGCAGUGGUCCAGUGUAUUUGUGCCUCUGGUGGGACACACCUCGUGUGUGAGGUUCGUUCUGUUAAAAUCAGCCAAAACAAUGAUGUGAGUUUGGUAGUUUUUUCUCCAUGUCUGUUAUCUGGUCAGCCAGCAGCUGCAUGGCUUCGAGUGCACGUGGUGGAAUGUAAACAGACGCUAUUAUGAUCAAAAACUCCCAUGGUGAAUAAAACAGCCAGGAGUUUAUGAAAAGUGUCUCUAGGAGAGUGCUGCAAGACUCUUUCAACAUUGUGACAUCAAUACACCAACCCUCAUUAAUGUAAAAUAUACACCACCUCCCUUUGUUUUUUCCAUGAGCUCCGUGCUGCGAUCUGCUCGUAGUAGCCGAAACCCAGGAAUCUCGACGCCAUGUUUUCGUCGAGCCACGUUUUCGUCAAGCCACGUUUUGGUGUAGCACAGGGCGGCAGAUCUGCUAACGUCCGGGUUCCUUCGGAAAGAUGGCAAAGAGCAGCCCGUGGGGAAGGUCUGCCUCGACCCAUGGUUCCAUCUUAUCGGAGGCAAUGGCUUUGACCACUUGACCAGAGCCUGCUUAAUGUACCCCUUAGAACCACAACUGCAAGUUAUACUUGAAAAACAAAACCCAUACUUGCAAAAAGAGUUUACUAUUUUCAGGUUUCACCAUUUAUUUUUCAGGUUUUGAGUUUUUUUUCUUUAGUUACAUGUUUUAUAUUCUCAGAUUCACAGCUCUUUUUUUUCAGGUUACCCUCUUGUUUUUUCAGAUUCUAAUCUUUUUUUCCCCCAGGUUAAAACCUUUUUUUUUCGAAUUUCACACUUUUGACCCGAAUCUGGCGUGGAGUCACGAGUAAUAGCUGAACAAGAAUGCUUGGAACAACCCGACUCUUAAUCUUCACGAGCCACCCCCCACGUGACAUUAGAAAAUGUGGCCGCAGGCCCAUGUCUCUCGUGCCCUAAAGCGCUAAUUUCAAAGAUGGUAAAGUUUUUUGCAUUAGCUAUCGAGGUCUUCACAGUGUGAUUACUUGACAAGAAAUGACACGGAAUCCAAUCUCUUGUUGAGAUAUUAAUGUGUACCAGUGGCGGGCCGUGCAUUUCAUGCCUAGGCCUUCAUUAGCGCUCCGCCUGAAUCAAUCCAACCCUCAAUAACUAUUAUAUGGCGAUAAAACCUAUACUGCAGGUACAGCUCCGCCGCAUAUAAAAAGCAUAAAAAUAACUUGGUAAAAUUGCAAUAUUAUUGAGGAAUAUAGCAACAUUUUACUCACCCAAAAUCCUGAUUAUUUGUAAACAAAAUCCAUCCUCCUUUCUUUCCUCAAGAAGAUUUCAAUGACUCUGUUGUGCAGAUUAUCCGUGCGUUUCAGUUCCGUCAAGAAGUCCUUUUCUAUCACCAUUGAAGCUAAUGCUGAAAGUGGAGCCUGCCCUGUCGUAUUUCUGGCAUGUUUUAAUUUGCUUUAGGGCUGAGAAUGCCCGUUCAACAGAAGCAUGCUUUUCUUGAAAGGUCCGUCUUGAUAAUGGCUUUGACAGUAAAUCUGCAACCAAAUCCAUUUCUUCUCCUCCUUUUGCUAUUGUAGGUUGACAAAACAGCUAUUAAAUCAGCACAACAAUAUCUUUGUUUGUGCAGCUCGCUACAGAUGCUCGCUCUGGCUAGUACACUUUGACUAUACUAUCAAAGCGUGUGAAUAUGCUGACGUUUCCGUAAAUUUGCUAGAAGGCCUUGGUGUCGCCAACUCAAAAUCUGAUUGGUUGAAGCAAGUCUGAUCGACAUUUAUUUUAUGCCACAGGGCCCACAGGACUGAUUGUGCAGGCCUCCAGGCAGAUUUCUUUGACCCUGGCAACAAAGAGUGGCUGAAAUGUAAUUGGUUAAAUGCUUAAAUUGUCACGACUCAUCCCCGAUCAUGUCUGUGUGCUCGCCCCUCCCCUCCUGUGUGAUCAUGUCCAUAGUUUGUCAGUGUGUCUGUGUGCUCGCCCCACCCCUCCUGUGUGCCCAUGAUCAGUGCGAUCAUUCUCACCUGCCUCUUGUUACGUGUCUUGUAUAUUAAGUCCUGUCUGUGUGUCACUCCCUGUCGGCGCAUUGAUGAAGUUUUCUGUCAUGAGGUUUGUUUGGUUCUUGUCUUUUUGUCUCACGUCUCUGUUCGGUUCCUGUUGUUAGUUUUGUUAGUCAGUUAUGUCAGUGUACCGAGUCUGUUAGUUUGAGUUUGCUUCAGUAAACCUUGGUCCAAGCUGCACUUGGUCGCCCUGCUCCAUAUCCACCCCGUAAUCGUGACAAAAUGCUCCGACCACUGCAGCGACCAGCGCUUGGACCUUCCUCCACCACCAGGUCCCGUCCGUCUGCGACGCCCGAGCCACGUCCGUGGUCCGAGCAUGUUCCAGCGCGAUCGGCUCCGCUGUCGCCAUCGGACUUCGCUCCAGCGACGCCGGCUCCACGGCCGUCACUGGGACCUCGCUCCCGCGACACCGGACCCACGGCCGCCAUCGGAGUGCCUCCUGGCGCCAUCAGACUCGCGGCCGCCAACGGGCUCCACCCCAGCGUCACCGGACUCGCGGCAUUGCUGGGCCUUGUGCCAACAAUGCCGGACCCGCGAUCGUCACAGACCCUGAUCCCACUGCUGAAACACUGACUCCUGCUGCUGCGUGCAGCUCUGGCGUACGAAUGCCGCUGAUCGCGGUCCGGACUUUCAAGUGCCGCUGAUUGCGGCGAGGACUUUUUUUAGCCGCCCGAGUGCGGUUUUGUGUGAGUAGCCGCCCGAGUGCGGUUUUGUGUGAGUAGCCGCCCGAGUGCGGUUUUGUGUGAGUAGCCGCCCGAGUGCGGUUUUGUGUCAGUGGCCGCCCGAGUACGGUUUUGUGUAAGUUGCCGCCCGAGUGCGGUUCUGUUCCCCAAGUUGCCGUCCGAGUGCGGUUCUGUUCCCCAAGUUGCUGCCGAUUGCGCGUCAGGCCCCCAGUGUGUGCCGCGAUUGUGGCCCUGGGCCCCUGACCGCCGCUGCGUGCAGUUCUGUCCCCCAAGUUGCUGAUGAUUGCGGUUCAGGUCCCCAGUGUGUGCCGCGAGUGUGGCCCUGGGCCCCUGGACGCCGCAGAGUGCAGUUCUGUCUCCCAAGUCGCCGCCCGAGUGCGGUUCUGUGCCCCAAGUCGCCACCCGAGUGCAGUUCUGUGCCCCAAGUCGCCGCCCGAGUGCGGUUCUGUGCCCCAAGUCGCCGCCCGAGUGCGGUUCUGUGCCCCAAGUCGCUGCCCGAGUGCGGUUCUGUGCCCCAAGUCGCCGCCUGAGUGCGGUUCUGUGCCCCAAGUCGCCGCCCGAGUGCGGUUCUGUGCCCCAAGUCGCCGCCCGAGUGCGGUUCUGUGCCCCAAGUCGCCGCCCGAGUGCGGUUCUGUGCCCCAAGUCGCCGCCCGAGUGCGGUUCUGUGCCCCAAGUCGCCGCCCGAGUGCGGUUCUGUGCCCCAAGUCGCCGCCCGAGUGCGGUUCUGUGCCCCAAGUCGCCGCCCGAGUGCGGUUCUGUGCCCCAAGUCGCCGCUGAGUGCGGUUGUUUCCCCAGUCCCCGCCGAGUGCGGUUGUUUCCCCAGUCCCCGCCGAGUGCGGUUGUUUCCCCAGUCGCCGCUGUGCGCGGUUUAAACUAUUUUGAAAACCAGUAGGGUCGUCUGGACUGGUGUGUUUCAUCCCCCCCCGGUUGGGUUUUUGGGACGUCGGAAGCCGUCCCUUGUUCUGUCACGACACAUCCCCAAUCAUGUCUGUGUGCUCGCCCCUCCCCUCCUGUGUGAUCAUGUCCAUAGUUUGUCAGUGUGUCUGUGUGCUCGCCCCACCCCUCCUGUGUGCCCAUGAUCAGUGCGAUCAUUCUCAUCUGCCUCUUGUUACCUGUCUUGUAUAUUAAGUCCUGUCUCUGUGUCACUCCCCGUCGGAGCAUUGAUGAAGUUUUCUGUCAUGAGGUUUGUUUGGUUCCUGCCUUUUUGUCUCACGUCUCUGUUCGGUUCCUGUUGUUGGUUUUGUUAGUCAGUUAUGUCAGUGUACCGAGUCUGUUCGUUUGAGUUUGCUUCAAUAAACCCUGGUCCAAGCUGCACUUGGUCGCCCUGCUCCAUAUCCAUCCCGUAAUCGUGACAUAAAUAUGAAAAUACACAUCUGGAAGCAGCGCAACCAGGGGGCUCGCAAUGAAAGGAAGUGGACAGACCAUUUGGAAUAAUUUAAUACUUCCAUCCAUCCAUUUUCCAUACCGCUUGUCCCCACAGGUGUUGCGGGCGUGCUGGAGCCUAUCUCCAGCAGGCAUCGGGCAGUAGACAGGGGACACCCUGAACCGGUUGCCAGCCGAUUGCAGGGCACACAGAGACGAACAACCAUUCGCACUCACACUUGGGGACAAUUUGGAGUGCUCAAUUGGCCUACCAAAAGAUGUUUUAGGGCAGUGCUUCUCAAAUAGUGGGGCGCGCCCCCCUUGGGGGGCGCCGUGCUAUACCUGGGGGGGCAGGUACUUUUUUUUGCAGUACUAGAAUAAAGUGUAAUUGCGCAUCUUCCCAGCAGGGGGCAGUGGCGCUCUCAUUGUUACUUCUGUGACGUUUGAGACAGUGCAACAUUUUACGACUUACAAGACAAGUUAGGAUAGUCACGGUGGGGAGGGGGGGGCGCGAAUAGUUUUCUUCUUGCUAAGGGGGGGCGUAACAGAAAAUAAUUGAGAAGCACUGUUUUAGGGUGUGGGAGGAAAGCGGAGUGCCUUGAGAAAACCCACGCGGGCACGGGGAGAACAUGUAAACUCCACACAGGGAGGGUCGGAGGUGGAAUCGAAUCGGCACCCUCCUAACUGAGGUGGACAGGCUAACCAGUGUGCCACCGAGCGCCCUUAUUUAAUACUUAUUAAAUACAUUUUGUCCAUGAAUACGUAUUAAAUUAAUACGUAUUCAUGGACAAAAUACAAUUAACAUCAGUCUGUUAUUCAGAUAUUUUUAGGCCAGCAGAGAAGGCCUUGCAGACCCCGACAAACCAUCACUGGUAUGUGUGUGCGUGUGAGUCAGUUUGUGAGUAUGAGAAAGGUGUGUGUGUGUGUGUGUUUGUGGGCUCGCCUUCACACUGAUGCAAAACUUGCGCGUUCUUUUGAAAAUCUGUUCAUUUCACUUGCUACAGCUGGUAUAGGCUAGGACACAAUAAGGUUGUUUCCUCUGCAUUUUUUGGCCAAUUCCAUUGCAGUUCACUACUUUUAGAGCAAGUCACAAACCGGCAAUAAUAGAAGUCAUGCCUGUGAGAACAAAGAGACCCAGAUGAAUAAAUGAUGCAUUUAAUUGUAUUGCACAAUCAAUCAAGGCACAUGUACUUACCACACCGCUACAUUCAAGCUAGCUAACUUUGCAGCAGCAGCGUGGUACGCAUUCUCUAUUCCAUGACAAAUACAUGCCGAUUAAAGCCUUGUGGAACGGAGCAGGGAGAUGAUGCGCGCGACAUUGUACACGCACCAAAAACUUUUGCCGUGUGCCCAUCAUGUGUUGCAGACCAGUCGUAAAGAUGGUGCACAACACAUUGCAUAAGUCACGUGAUGCAAUGCAGUUGUUGCCCGCAGAUACGCUUGUCGGUACUGGAUGAGGGCAAUUACACGGACAUAUGAAGAACCACUUCAUCCUCAGUCAAUUUUUUCAAUCAUUCACUGCCAACCCAGUUAAUAAGGAUCUUUGACAUUAACUUUCUUGUUCCUUGUCCUUGGAUCACAAAACCGGCAUCCAUCGGUCGGCCCAUUUCCCUCACUGGGACAAAAUACUCACCUCUGGUUGAAUAAACAUAACCGUUUUUUGGGUUUGCUGAAAAGUGAUGAUUUUGAAGGUGCAAAUAUUCUGUCUGACUCAUGUUUUACUCGGUUUUAAUACCAAGCAGGAACACAUAUACCCAAUCAGAUAACCCCAGUAUUGAAGUUAUGAAACUUUGGGUAACAUAUUUUUCUUAUGCUGAUACCAUGGAAAUUCAGGCUUAGCAUGUACCGGCGAUUGAGUCUGUUGGUUUGUCUCAUCAAACGCAUUUCUGAGGCCGGGUAAACUUGAGCAAACUGCAGAAUGAACCAAUCAGUGAAGAUUGAACGUGA